UUCACUGUGACCCUGAUCCUCCCGUGUACCAAUAUCAGCUUUUUGAAUGCAAAUUCUUCUGAUCUCGAUGUGGUCGUCGACUACUCGGAGAGUGUGACGCGAGGCCAUGAAAAUACCACCGUCGGCCGUAUCUGUUUGUGUGUGAAGCCGAGUGGAAAAUGUCUCUCCUGAGGGCAGGUGGGAGUAAAGUAGGUCUGGCGGGGUUGGACUUUAACUAAGCUUGCUGUUUUUUUCUUUUUUUUAUUUUUUUAAUGACUACCUGAGACUGGAUCCUAGGCGGCGAUGUUGGGGAAAUAAAAAGCUCCAUUUCUCAGAGGGGCUGGAUGGCGGCAGGGGUGCACAAGUCGCUCGUGCAGCCAGCGUCCGCAUCGCGAGAGGAUUGACGGGAGCAUGACUCCGGCCGAGGUGAGGCCGCUGGCGACGGGUUCGGUCCUGAGCGUGGCUUCCUGCCUCAUCGUGGGCACCAACCUCCUGGUGGCUGCCGCCCUCCUGCGCCUCCUGGCCAAGAGGCGCAGCCAGAGCCGGUGCUUCGUCCUCAACCUGGCACUGGCCGACACCCUGGUGGGCUUGGCCAUCACCGGCCUGGCCACCGAGGACUUCGGUACCGACGUCACCUCCGCGGACUACCGCUACGUCCGUCAAGGUUCCAGAAACUUGACAUCUCCCGCUCCUGGAAAGAGCCGUUGUUUGAUGCGGAUGGCCUUUGUGAUUUCGCCCUGCACGGCGUCUAUUUUGUCCAUGUUUCUGAUCUCGUUGGACCGCUAUGCAGCCAUCAAAGUGCCCCUGAGGUACUCCAGUUUCUCCGGAAAGGGGGCAGCGGCCGGGUCCCUGGUGGCUCUUUGGGCUUGUUCGCUCAUCGUGGGAUUCUCACCAGUGAUGGUCCGCCAGCUGCAAACGGACGGCUUCGGUGGCCUGUGCGCCUUCUUCUCCGUCAUCUGCCCGACGGGCAUCAUCGUCCUGUUCAGCGUGUGCUUCUUCCCCGUCCUCUCUGCGUUCGUCUGCAUCUACAUGGACAUCCUGAAGAUUGCCCGCGGCCACCAACGGCAGAUCUUCCGCAUCGGCCGGGCGGGCUCUCGGACCAGCGACGCCCACCGGGACCCUCCUCGGUGGCCUCGAGCGAGGAGCCGGCGCCGGAGCCACGUCAAGGCCCUGAGGACGGUGGCCCUGCUGGUGGGCUGCUUCCUGACCCUGUGGUGCCCCUUUUUCUUGGUGAGCAUCGUGCAGCUGCUGUGUAAAAGCUGCCGGCUCAUCGCGGUGUUGGAGAACCACCUGUGGCUUCUGGGCAUGUCCAACUCUCUCAUCAAUCCGCUGGUGUACGCCUGUCGGGAGAGGGAGGUGAGGACGCAGAUUGCCGACAUGUUUGCGUGCUUGGCGGGAAGGGGGUCGGCUCCCGGACCCGUCUUGGAGGUUUGGGACCUUCAGUCGCACGCGCAGACUUGAACUGGUGGCUCAACCUGGCAAUUCCGCAUCUCUGGAGUCUAUCCUAGCUUACGUUCGACAAGAGAACGGUACAGGAACCGUCAUCCAGCCAUCCAUUUUGAAUCAACCUUUUCACCAUAACAUUACACGUACUUGCAGGUGGCAGAAGCCUUUGCGAUUCCCAAUGGCAAAACUAGUAAACUCCUACGCAAUUUGAAACCGGAACCUUUUGAGCGUGAGACAGACGUACUAACCACAUACUUCA